UAAAUUUGUCAACAGAAGUCACUCCCAUGCCUCGUGGGACGACCAGGCACUUGGAAUCCACUAGAAAGGACGCGAUUCAUAAGCAUAAGACACGCGUUGUUUAUUCAGACUGUUUUAAGGUCGCUGGUUUAGAAGUCCAAACUUUCUGGACCGAUUAUGCAUUGUGUUAAAACCCUACGGGCGUCCAGAGCUGGUAUUUUGCUCAUUAGGAACGCUGGAAAAUGGGAGAGAGUUGCCGGAAAUUUGGACAGAAGACACUCACCUGCUCGGUUGUUGCACACGAGCGCAUCUCCAGGACAGCAUCCGCGCCAUCAGCCCGUCAUCACAGAGACUGACGCCGGGACGUACAGUAAUAAGGUGGUUGCUGGGUUGGAGGACCUGUUGUUCUACACUAUCACCCAGGGAGAACAGAAAAUCUCAGUGGCACGUUUCCUAGCUGCACUCAAAAGCACAGGCUUGCUGACCUCUGACCCCCGGUUGAGAGACUGUAUGCGACAGAUCCACCAAGCUCUCCAAGAGUCUGUUGGAACAGCAAUGAUGGACCAGGAACUGUUCAGAAAAUGUGUUGGCAGUAACAUAGUCCUCCUGACUCAAGCUUUCCAAAGGAAGUUCAUCAUUCCAGACUUUGAAGCGUUCAGCUCCCUCAUAAACCAUCUGUAUUAUAACGCACAGGCUCAGCAAGGAGGGAAAGUAGCAAACUACAUCCCUCAGUUAGCGAAGUUUAGUCCGGACCUGUGGGGAGUUUCUCUGUGCACAGUGGAUGGUCAGAGGCAUGCUAUAGGAGACACCAACAUGCCAUUCUGUUUGCAGUCAUGUGUGAAGCCUCUGGAGUAUGCGCUGGCUGUGCACGAGACAGGCACUGAACAUGUGCACAGAUAUGUGGGGAAAGAACCAAGUGGCCUCAAAUUCAACAAACUCUCUCUAGACGAAGAGGAUAAACCCCAUAAUCCCAUGGUAAACGCAGGAGCCAUUGUUAUCAGCUCUCUCCUAAAGCCUGGUUCCAACAAGGCAGAGAAGUUCGACUUUAUGAUGGAUUAUCUGCAGAGAAUGGCUGGCAGAGAAUACGUUGGGUUCAGUAAUGCCACUUUCCAGUCAGAGAAAGAGACCGGUGACAGGAACUAUGCAAUUGGCUAUUACCUCAAAGAGAAAAAAUGUUUUCCCAGAGGAGUUGACAUGAUGGCAGCCCUUGAUUUCUACUUUCAGCUGUGCUCUAUUGAGGUGACAUGUGAGUCUGGAAGCGUCAUGGCGGCGACAUUAGCUAAUGGAGGGAUCUGUCCAAUCACAGGCGAGCGUGUGCUCAGUGCCGAGGCCGUCCGCAACACUCUCAGUCUCAUGCACUCCUGUGGCAUGUAUGACUUCUCCGGCCAGUUUGCCUUUCACGUGGGUUUGCCUGCUAAGUCUGGGGUGUCUGGUGCCGUGCUGCUCGUGGUUCCUAAUAUCAUGGGGGUGAUGUGCUGGUCUCCAGCUCUUGACCGUGUUGGCAAUAGCAUCCGAGGCAUCCACUUCUGUCAGGAGCUAGUCUCUCUCUUUAACUUCCACAACUAUGACAAUCUGAGACACUUUGCGAAGAAGUUAGACCCUCGCAGACAGACAGGCCACGAGAGGAACAAGUCUGUGGUGGAUCUGAUGUUUGCUGCUUACAGUGGUGAUGUUUCAGCACUCAGGAGAAUCGCUCUUUCUGCAAUCAAUAUGGAAUUGACUGACUAUGACACACGUACUGCCCUUCAUGUGGCAUCAGCAGAAGGACACUUGGAUGCAGUCAAGUUUUUAACACAUACCUGCAAAGUCAACCCUAAUGCUAAAGACAGAUGGGGGAACACACCUCUCGAUGACGCUAUGCAGUUUGGGAACACCGCCGUGGUCAAGGUCCUACAAGAGUAUCAAAGCAUUUACACACACACAUUAAUGCCAGAGGAGCUCAGCACAGACACCUGUCCCAACUCCGCCAUGGACGCAGAGGAACUGCAGAGCAUGGAGACACUGGAGAGUUUAGUAUGAAGGAGAACUACCAUGAAAAUCUCAAACUUCAGUCUCUCAUGAUUUCAGAGAAGCAUGUGGGUGUGAGAUUACGACAAAGUCGGUAUAAGGACACGCUGAGCAGGUGUGUGUUACAGAGAUGCUUCAAACCAAAGCUCUGCUGUGUGUAGACCUCAGCUAGCUUCUGUUGAUGGUUUAAGAUCCUUACUGUAGUCUCUCAGACCUCUGUUCAGUGUACUGUGGGAGUAUGAAUGUCAUUUCUGGUACAGCUCCUCAAGGACAGUUUGGUUUGUGCUUGGACCAAUUUAGAAAUGCAGAAGCUUCCUUUACCUCCAUAUUUAUCAGAGCAGAAGUAUUUUUAUAUAAAAGCACAUCCUUAACUCAAAGGUUAGUCAGUAACCUUAGUAACUAGGAGACGGAUUCACAAAACUUUCUUCAGAUUAAAAUUCUCAACUGCUAUUUUCUUCUUAGUUACUGACUGUGUUCUGUAUUCCCAAAAUAUUUAAGAACAAUCUUAGGAAAUGAUAUUCUUAAGCAUUCUUAAGACAAAACAUAAGAAUUAAAGUUCUUGAAAAGAAUGUUGUUAAAUAUGUAGAUAAAACCCUAAUAUUUGACUUUUAUAAAACAUUAAUAGAUGGAUAAAUACGCUACCAGUCAAAAGUUUUUGAACAGUAUGAUUUUUAAAAUUAAUGAUUUUUAAUUAAAAUAGUCACUUCUGCUCACCAAACCUGCAUUUAUUUGAUCCAAAGUACAGCAAAAACAGUAACAUUUUAAAAUAUUUUUACUAAUUAAAAUAACUGUUUUCUAUUUGAAUAUAUUUAAAAAUGUAAUUUAUUCCUGUGAUUUCAAAGCUGAUUUUUUAGCAUCAUUACUCAUCACAGUCCUUUAGAAAUCGCAAAAAACAUUUAUUAUUAUUAUGUUAAAAACAGCUGAGUAGAGUUUUUCAGGUUUUUUUGUUAAAUAGACAGUUCAAAAGAACAGCAUGCUAAAUAAAAGUAUUAAUUUUGAUAAUAACUAGAAUGAUUUCUAUAGGAUCAUGUAACAGUGAACACAGGAGUAAUGAUUCUGGAAAUUUAGCUUUGAUCACAGGAAUAAAUUACAUUUUAAAUAGUAAAAAUAUUUCAAAAUUUAACUGUUUUUGCUGUACUUUGGUGAGCAGAAGACUUCUUUCAAAAGCAUUAAAAAUCCUACUGUUCAAAAACUUUUAACUGGUAGUGUAUGUAUUAAGAUGUAUCAUUAUGAAGUUUUCAAAUUGUUGUAUUAUAUAAGGCAACCAUGAGCAAACUAGUACAGUAGUCAGAAAAUAAAAAAGCCUGACAUUUUAUUUUUAAGUAAAGUUGCUCCUGAAGAUGUUCUUAAGAAAACAUUUGAGAACUUUUUAAGAACUAUUCAAAAAAUGCAGAUACCAUCUUCUAAACCUACUGGAAUUCACCUUCUGGACUUCUUUCAUAGGAAGAUUUUUGUGAAUCCACGUUUACGAAGUACACAGUUAAUGUAAAAUUAGCAAGGUAUCUAUAAAGAAAAGCAUGCAUGCACAUUAAAAAGUAGUUUAUUUAUAAAAGUAUUUAUAACCAUACUGGAAAUGUUAUUAUGUCAUAUUAGGUUAGCGAGCCAGUAGUCUUCAUAAAGUGAACUGUAGCCCGGUUGACAAAGCUUUCCAUGUCAUUUACGUUACUGAUCAUUUUUGGCUAAACAUUAUGAGCAAGUAUUUGUAUAUUUGUACUAUUUUUAAGAUGUUUGAAUUCCUUAAGCUUGUUAAUAAAUAUUUUUGUAAGGCA